GACAGUUUCAAAAAAUAUCAAAACAGACGUUCGAACUGAAUAUUUUUUAGGCGCUUGUCGUAACUAAAUCUAUUAGUGGUGCAUAUCUUGCCAACUUUAUAUAUUUCUAGAUUUCAUAACAUUUCGUUUCCGAUACCGUUGCUCAGUUUUUAUCUUGAUAAACGCUUUAUUGCGUGCGACACUGUGAGAAUCCAGAAGAUCAUCAUCAUCAUUUUCAAUCGCUCUAUUCAUAAUCAUCUUGGCAAUUGAAAUUCAAAAGUGCUAUUAAGAAUAAAGUGAACAUAUAUUUUCGAGUUCUUCAUAAAAAAGAAUUUUAAGACAUGCAAUCCGAUGAGAAAACUCCGGACCGUGACUGCAUUGAUCCACAACAUCCUGCCACUGAGCAUAUUGGAUCCGGCUCAGCCAACGUUCGUUCUCGAGUCCGUUAUUGGCUCAAAGAUAUUGUCGAUGAGAUGCGCAAAAAGAGCCCCGCGUCUGUCCAGAAAUGGGUGGACUCAAUACAAAUCCCAGCACCGACCGGCGAAGGAAGUAGAACUGAACCUGGUCCAUCGUCUAGCGAGUUAGCAGGACAGAGUCAUCAAACAGAGCGUCAGAUAGAGCACGAUUCCAAACCUCCGGAUUCAGACGAACCUGAAACUGAGUUGGAGCGAGAUAUCAAUGAUGACUUACUUAAGGCAGACAACCUAGCGACCACGCCUGACGAAGAUUCUGUUCGUGCAGAUGCUGUGGAUAACCAGUCCAGAUCAAUCAAAAGUAUUCUAUCGAAAAAACUGGGGAAAUUAAGCCGGAGCACCGUCCAGCUUGAACAGGAACAUACGGCAUCGACUGAAGCGAAACUAACUCCACUAGAAGAGGAUUCACGAAAAAGCUCAUCAUUGACAUCCAUAGGAAAGAUUAAAAUCAACGAAUUCUACGAUAAAUUAAGUCUAAACAAAGCGAAGUAUAACCUAAUGAAAACAAAAAAGAUCGACAUUCGAAGUAUGUUAGGAACAAGUAUAGAGAAUUUUCAAAGCCGGCCAGAAGAAGCCCUUCAACCGAAAGUGACUGGUAUUUCCGAACAAGAAAAUGCUGCUGUUGCGGAGGUCAUCGAUGAAUCCAACUCGCACCAAUCAGAGGCAGGCGAAAAGCUGUGUACCAGUGAUAUUUACGAGUUCUCUUUCGACGAAUCGUUCCCGAAAGAUGAAGAAAUUCCGGAUGCUAGUGAAGACGAAGAGAAAGAAAAUGUGGAAAUGCUACAAGAAAAUUAUGGCUCUUAUCUAAUUCCACCUAAAAGCUCCCAUCGGAUGGGAAUAGGUAGAAUUGGUCGCAGUUCGAGCGAGAAUCCUCGUACCAACAAGCGCUUUAAUCUGUUGGAAAUUGGGCGAAGUUUUAGUGAAAUGAAUGAUGAUGACAGUUUCGUGAUCAAUGAGUGCAACAAUAGCUGCCCGAACCCAUCGUCACUGAACACAAGUUCCAGCAUCAAUAAUAGCAGCAUCCUUGCUCGGUCAGUUCCUGCUAGUCCUGUCCCGCGAACGUCAAGUAAGAUUAGCAUCCAGCAGGAUAACUCACUUUCAGAAUCUCCUCGGCGACGCAGUGCUAUGCUGAUUAAAGACAGCUCUUUGCAGUCCGAUUCUAGUAGAUGUUCGAGUGUAGAAAGUUUGCUGAAUGCACGAAAACCGGAUCCGGAAAGAAUACUGCUGAAUCUAGGGUUCGGGCCGUCCCCACACAGCGGUGACGUUUUGUCGAAAAUCCCCAAAAGGUUUCUCAAACCGUCGCAAGUUAGAGGCGUUGAUACAGAAGCCUUUCUGCGGCAGCAGCAGCUAUCAAUGCACAUUCACGAGAACAGUGUUCUCGGUUAUCGUGGUCUUGUCGGUAAUCCGCACAUCCCUCCGUCUAUGAUAGUAGCCAAAAUAAUGGAGCGCUUUCAGGAAAAUGAACGGGGUCGCUUUGUACGCCAUAGCACCGUUGCAGUGGAGACAUCCUCGCCUGCACCGGCCGGGCACUUGCCGGAAAGUCGCAAUUCAUCAGGACCUCCGUCACCGAUACCCAUCUUGCGUCACUCAUCGCUUGCCUCCGAAGCGGGAAUUAAAUUCUAGUACAAGAAAAUCUUGCCGUAAUAGAUUUAGCUAAGAACGAUUUGCUGUCUCCUGUUUAUCGUACACUAUCCGUUUACUAGUCGACCUUUUGAUGUACUCGAUACCUAGCGAUUACCUUGCUUAAACGUCGGUUGUAGAAAAGUUGACUUACUGUACGGUGACAUGUAGUACGAAUCUACAUUCCUCUUAAGAACCUCCCUUUUACACCUUGUACUGUAAUUAGCCUGCUGGUAAAUUUGCACUUGCCACUGUGAACAUGGAAUAGUUUUAAAGCACAGUGUGAUGAUAUUUUUGAUAAAUCAUUAGCCAGGAUUCACCUUUGUGGAAGUGAUACCAUGCAGGAAUAAAUGCAAACUAAAAAAUAUUUAGGAAUCAUACACAUUCCACCCCAGACAAAAUCAAUCAAUCAAACGCAGUAUUCGAUAUCCUGACGAUUAGAAGAUGUAGAAGCACGAGUAAAUAUUUUUGAUAGCAAUUUUCUUAUAAAAUAUACAACUGGAUAUUUCAACCUUAUUCUGUGACAGAAACUACUAAUAAUUACCGAAUCAUACAUAUCUACUAACUACAUGUAGGGUGAGCUGAACAUGAGACUGUUUGUUAAGAUAUGACACGGUAUAAAUAGGCAAUACAUUAGUCAGCUUAGCUGACUGCCUUGUUUUUGUUAUUUAAUUGAUGUUUAGUUCUAUAUAGUUCUCGUUUUUUUUCUAAAUCUGUCAUAUAGAAGGUAUAUUAAACUUGGGUCAAAACUUAAACCUGAUACAAUCGUGGGACGUACGUUUUUACAUUAGUCGUUUAUAGUACAGAAUCUCUGUUAGUAAUCCAAGUGACAACUUAUGAGAAACUACCAUAAUAGAGAAAAAAUAAAAGAAUCGAUAAUAGGUUAGUUUUGUUGGAAGUUA